CUUAACAGCAACGACAAACUGGUGAUUGGACAGCAGCCUUUCAGUUCUCCGCCCCAUCCCAGAGCCACUAUUAGAAACCUCUGUGGACUGGCUUUGAAUUCCGCUCUGACAACAGAUGCUGAAGAACAGAAAACUUUCCUCGAUCUUGGCGGUUCCUCACUUUCAGCCAUGUGGCUUGUGGAAUCCCUGAUCACAGAGCUAGAUCUACCAGACGAGAGAACCACCCUGCUCACUGCCCUCUUUAGUCAGCCUCUCGCUGGCUUUCUCUCCCACGUAGAAAGCCUUGCAGAUGAAGUAGACAAAUCAGUAGGCUCACCAAAAGUCCAACGGCUUGACAGUGAACUUGCAACCCUGCCAGUGCUACCGCUAAAAGAAACGAAACCGGCGUCUGCUGCUUCUACCGUCAACGUCUCGGUUGCCUGGCGUCAUUUGCUGGGAAAGUGUGUGGAUGCCAGUCCGCUG